AUGGAAAAAGUACGUGGAAUCGAGCGUGGUUCAUAUAUUUGGGGCAGGAGUGUUCACAACAUCUGGAUUGAACGUCUUUGGGUGGAUGUAACAAACGGCCUAGGGCAGAAGUGGAAGGAAUUUUUCCAGACUCUCAAAGCCUACGACAACCUCAAUGUGAACAACGAUUCACACCUGUGGUUACUCCAUUUCCUAUUCCUCCCUUUAAUCAACGAUGAUGUUGGCCAGUGGGUAGCCUCGUGGAAUCGCCAUGUUCUUGGGUGUUGUGGAGAGCCCCAUCAGUCACCCCAUGACCUGUUCAUCCAAGGUGUCAUUGAGCAUGGACAUCGAGGGGUGUUUAUUGAGUCAGGCGAGGACCAGGGGCCUGUAGAAGAUAUUGCCAGCUAUGGCAUUGAUUGGAAUGACUUGGAUGACCGGCGCAUACGGGCUCAUCAUGAUACUCAUAAUCCGGAGGACGGCGAUUCCACCAAUCCAUUUGUAUCAAAUCAUCCCGAAUCUGAUCUAUCUCACGUUGAGGUUCCUGAGUCCUGUUGUCCGUUUGCAGAUGCUCAACUUCGAUCUUUUCUUUCCGAUGUCCAGCCCCUUCUUGAUUCAAGUCUACAUAUUGAUAUGCACUCGCGUCAUUUACUUUGGAUUCAAACAUUAGCAUUAGCUUCUUCUACUAGUAGAACCGAACCCAGUAAUACUUGA